UGCCGCUCGCUCUUCAGUGUUGACAGUGGCUACAGGAUGAAUGACAAUCAGAUGAUCAACCACUUCCCAACGCACUACGAACUCACGCGAAAGGAUCUCAUGGUGAAGAACGUGAAGAGAUACCGUCGAGAAUUGGAACGUGAGGGGUCGCCAUUAGCAGCCAGGGAUGCUACGGGUCGUUACAUACAUCUGGACUUCCUCCCAACAACGUUCAUGCUUCCCGCCGAUUAUAAUCUUUUCGUCGAGGAAUUUCGCCGGAACCCGAACACCACGUGGAUCCUGAAGCCGGCCGGUCGGUCUCAAGGCGUAGGCAUAUUUUUGGUGAACAAACUGGCCCAGAUUAAAAAGUGGUCGCGGGACACCAAGAGUUCCUUUAACCCCGCGCUCGUCAAGGACACUUAUGUGAUCUCCAGAUACAUUGAGAAUCCGCUGCUCAUUGGCGGGAAGAAAUUUGACUUGAGAACAUACAUUCUGGUGACGUCAUACCGACCCCUGAAAGCAUACAUGUACAAGCUGGGAUUCUGCAGAUUUUGCACUGUUCGCUAUGACACAUCAGGACAGGAGCUUGACAACAUGUUCGUCCACCUCACCAAUGUCUCCAUCAGAACACGGAGGAGGAGUACAAACAAUGUCCACGGAGGAAAGUGGCCUAUGAGGACCCUCCGUCUCUAUCUGGAAGGAACUAGGGGCAAGACAAGCACAGACAAACUCUUCACAGACAUCCGUGUGCUGGUGGUUCACUCCCUCAGGGCUGUCGCUCCCAUCAUGGCGUCUGACAGACACUGCUUCGAGUGUUAUGGGUAUGACAUCAUUAUCGACGAUCAGCUGAAACCGUGGAUGAUCGAGGUCAAUGCGUCCCCUUCGAUGACGUCAACCACAGCCAACGACAGAAUCCUCAAGUACAAACUAGUGGAUGACCUUAUUAACAUUGUGCUGCCACCUGACGGGAUACCCAAUACAAACCAAGAGCUCUUAGUAAAAUCUCACAGUGGUGGCAGGGUGGUUGUUUCGACCUUUUGGCUUGAAAUCGAACGCAAGACUCCGAAGAACUAG